UAUGUGCAAACUCCGAAGCUAGGCAUGCACAGUCAGAUCCUACGAUAUGGACUUGUUAUUUUGUCACUUGGACUUCUGUUUAUCAUGAUGCUGUUGUCAUUCACUACUGGAGACAGUAAUGAGCCUCUUCCAAGACCUCUCCUUCAUCAGCAAAAGAACAGAACCAACAGACUCGUUAGCCAAACACAAAUGCUCAAAAUCCCAGAAGAUCUGGGGAUCGGUGCAGAGGAGUGGGACCGGAUACAGAGGGCAGUUUACUGGAGUGAACCAGACCGCCCGAUUACCAAUGUGACGAUGUGCACCAGUCCGGACCACUCAACCUUCAUUAUUAAUGGCCUCAAGGAUAAGUACUAUGUGGGAGAGGAACUCCACACCACCAUUGUUGCCAAGGACUUCACUGGUAGACCAAAAAGCUAUGGAGGAGAUUUCUUCCAAGCAAAGGCUUAUUCAAACAAAUUAAAGGCUAGUGUGUUUGGAGAGGUUCUGGACCACCAGAAUGGCACCUACACAGCCCGGUUUACCUUGCCAUGGGUGGGCCAGGUGGCGGUGGCGGUCUGCCUGGUUCAGUCCAGUGAGGGUAUACAGAUACUCAAGCGACACAGGGACACGGAUCCAGACCGCAACGACUUCAUCGGAUUUUUUGUGGCCAAGAACCCCAAGGGUGUUAAAGUGGUGGAGAAGGUGAUCUGCAACAUCAAGUGGGAUGGAGUGGCACUGUCUGGCAAGGGGAACUGUUGUUGUGAGUACCCAGACAUCCGUACAGGGUUGACGUGGCUUUGCCGUAAACCCCCAACUCUGCCGUGCAACACCCUGCUAUACUACACUUUCGGUGUUUACAAGAAUCACAUGACAAGUCUUGAGAAGAUAAUCAUGGACAAACGAUACGUGAAUCGUUGGAUCAAGGGUGAUUCACAUGUGAUUAGAGUCCUUGCCUCCAAUUACACUCAUGGAGUGAGGGAAACGUGCAAACCUGGCAUGCCCACACCGAUACCAGCAGGAUUCUACUUGCGUGAUGCUUGGACAUCAUUUGUGUGUGUCGCCCGUCACUUCGAUGCAGGGAACACAACUAAAUGUCUGAAGGACAAGCACAUCUACAUAAUGGGAGACUCCACUAUCAAACAGUGGUAUGAUUUCAUCAUUGGAUCUGUGCCAACUCUAAGACGCAUGAACCUACACACCGUUGCCAAAAAUGGGCCCCAUAUGGCUGUGGACGUGGAGAACAAUAUCGACCUGCACUUUCGCUCACAUGGCAACCCUCGCAUCAGCGGGGACUGGCAGAUCAUGGCGGAUAUGCACUACAUUAGUAACGAGAUAGAUGACAUGGCUGGAGGACCGCACACUGUUAUUGUCCUCAACAUGUGUGCACACUUCACCACCAUGCCUCUGUCCUACUUUGUCUACCGAGUGUCCCAGAUCAAGCAUGCAGUCGUGGCACUGUUGAGACGUGCACCAGAGACCAAGGUCAUCAUCAAGACAGCCAACACGGGGCAAAGGGAUUUCUAUCGCCAUAACUGGCUAUACAUGCAGCUUGAUCGAGUCCUGCGAGAAACAUUCUAUGACAUGGGAGUCUACAUCCUGGAUGUGUGGCAGAUGACUGCCUGUCACUAUAACAAAGAGAACCUCCAUCCUGGCCCAGUGAUCAUCAAAAAUGAAGUCGACAUCCUUCUGACUUUUAUCUGCCCCGUGUAAACAGGAAGAUUGUCCUGGUGACUGCUCUCUCUGUUCACUGUGACUAUGUUCAGAUUGCCAGCCCAAAUCUGACUUUUGGACCCAUUAUACCCGAUUGAUUUCUGAAAGUCAGGACUGAAAGAAAGAAGAAAAAAAAUGAAGUGGGAAAUUGCCCAUUUCUGUGUUUUUGAAGCUUGCUUUCUCUAUCUCUCUCAGUGUUUCAAUCAAACUGUUGUGUGUUUGACCCUUGUUGCAGUUUGUGUCAGUUAGGGAACAAUGCCACUCAGUCCAAGAUCUCCUAAAAGAAGUGGCCUCGAUCCACAUUAUCUGGCUAAAUCUGAUGCAGUCCCACUGAUGAAAAGCAACUCAUAGGUUAUAUUAGUAAAAUAUAGGUUUAACAAAGCUGUAACAAAUUAUGGGAGUUAAGAUCACUAAACUGUGGGUAACAUUGGGUCAAUUUAAUUUCCUGUUCUCUUCCUAAAUAAAUGGGCGGGUCCUAAAAACUCCAGUGCACCAUUCGAUUAUUUUCUAGUCCUAGUUGUGACUUGUUCUCAAUCUCUGCAUUUGUCACUAUUGGCAAAUUGUAAACAAUGUAAUAGAGUGAUAACAGUAUUGAGAGGGUUAGGGUUACCGAAUACAUGCCCUAAAAUAUAUUUUGUAACAUAUCCUGAUAGAUUAUUCAAAGUGAGAAACAUAUUUUGCAUACUAUGGUUACUUGCACGUUGUAUUUUAUUUUAUUAGCAGUGGAUGAAACAGGUAUGUGAGGUUAUGUGAAUUUGUAAGACUCCGUGUCAACAACAACCCGCAAUCUGCCUUACAGUGAGGAUGGAUUGAUAUACUCUACAGUACAAGCUAUAUGCUAUGAAACACUGUGCCAGAGAGCAGAGAUGUUUUCCACAUCCCAAACAAAGUUAACACAUUUUUAAUGAGUUUCAAUAGUCUAAAAUUAGAUAGUCUUAACUUUUGUGAAACUGGCUUACUUGCAUUAGACUGAUCUAUAAAGAGACCUAUCUAAGCCAUAGACCAGUCUAAACUACCUUAGUGAAACCGGCCCCAGAGCUAACUUGCUAACUAACGUAAUGGAAAGUUGCAUCGCAAGUUAGCUCUGGGGUAGCAAAAAUCAAAGUGUGACGCCUUCACGUACCGGAGAUCACAGUAUCCACUCAAAGGCAUAGGACAAAAGUGUGUUAAGGAAAGCGUCUGUAUUUCCAAUUUCGUUGUCCCUGCGAGAGUUUAACAGGUGUGAUCAUUUAUUUUCCCAUCAUAAAAUGAUCUCCUUAUAUGGGUAAAGAAAGUCGUUUUUUUUUUUUUGAACUUCAGAGGUCUAUUAUAGUUGAUUCAGAACAUCUGAUCUUAAAUCAGCCAAAGAAGAUAUGUUAACUCCUCUUAGUUAUUCUCCAUUGGCCCCUCACUCUGGCCAGGCCACUUAGGCCUACUGGAUCUGAUCCUUGCUAUUUGAAUUCCAUGAUCCAACUCUACAUCCCCAAUAACCCACAGUGGUCCUGAUGAUGAGCAUCUGCUGUGUUGACCAGCCAUUAACACAAACGGGUCACAUUCAAGAGUCGGUGGUUCAUUGUUGGUGAGUCAGACGUGUUCACUUGAGGUGCUUAUUGCAGGCCUAUGCCUUGCUUUCUUUUUAUCUUUUAUUUUAUUAUUAUUACUAUUAUUAUUAUUACUCUUUGCUCCUCUAUGCUUUUAUCUGCUAUUACUGUUU